AUGUCUAAACACAAAAAUAAUAAAAAUCCACCUACCGGUGAGGAGAAGGCAAGCGAGGUCAGCUCGCUUGGAGGCGAUAGCGAGGGCCAGGUUGGCUCUCGGGUUCGUGGGGAGGCGCUGGCCCCGUCCAGCAAGUCUCGGGCACGGGCCCCGGGGAGGAAGGAGUCGGACUCAGAGUCCGACUCAUCAUUGUCUGGCGUCAGCAUCGCGCUGCGCCACAAAAAAGACCGGGGCGUUUUCAAACGUCCCAGGUUGGAGGAUGGCCGAGAGCCGUCCUCCAUCGAGCAGGAGGCCCCAGCCCCCAAAAUCCCCACGGCUGCGCGGGGUAGGGGCAAGGGGAAGGGCUCCACAAGAGCGGCUGGGAGCCGCUCUGAGCCGGCAGAGCGGCUGGCAGCGGAGGGGAGCGCCCUGGGAAAGGCUGCCCCCUCGGACUCCUCGGAGAUGGAGGUGUCCGGAGGUGAGGAUUCUGCAGGCGGCGCUGAGAGCCUCCGCCUCCAGGUUAAGGAAGCACUCCGCAUGCUGGCUGGGCAAAAAACCCAGGCUGGCAGGAACGGAGUGCUUAAGCACGCGGAGGCCGCAAUAAUGUCGGCGGUAUCCCAGAAGGGCUCAGCAGAGCGGCAGAUGACCGCUCUGCAAAAAGAGAUGGCCGGAAUGAGGCGCGAGCUGGCCCGAUUAGCGGCUGCGAACUCUGCCCUGGAGGCGGAACUUCGUGCAGCAAAGGCGGAACUCGCCGCUGCUCGCGCGGGUCGUCCCCAACCCUCGCAGCCAGUGGAGGCCGACCUUCUUGGCCUCAUGCGGCAGGAGAUGGCCGCCUUCCAGCAGCGUUUCGACGCUCUGGAGGGUAGGCUCCUUCGACCCCCGCUCGCAACUGGCACUUAUGCAGCCGCGGCAGCGAAGACGAAGCAGCCACCUAGCCGCGGCGUCAGAGCAGACGCUCCGGUGGAGAAAAGGGCGAAAGUGCCCCCUGCGGCGAAACCACCGAGAGCCCCGCCGCUGACGAGGACGCCUAUGGCUCAACCGGCACCGGCUCCUGCUAAGAAAACUACAAUGGUGGAGCGCGCUCCACAGACAAAACAAGACGAACAGUAUCCUCUGUUGAAGUCAGACACUGGCGGUGGUGAUGGCGGGGUACAACCUACUCCAACUCUCGUCAGUCCAGGCUGGGGGGUCACUUGUGCUCCGAAACAAUCCUGGCUUGUCCGCUGGCCUGAGUACAUCUCGGCUUGUUGGAUGACGCUGAUUUUGUUGGGGAUAUCCUUCUUAGUGUUUUAUGCCCUGGGCAUGGAGGCGUAUCGAAGGCAACCCGUGUUGAUCAUUAAAUGUAAUUCUACUAAGCCUGGAAGCGAUGUCUUCUAUCAUCACAUUGUGCCACGAGGAGGCUUUGUUCCUUUCCUUAUAUACGAGGAUUAUAUUGCAAGCAUGGCCAAACAGUACCCUGGUUUGCAUUUCCACGUUUACUUCCUCAACGAUGAUUCUCUACAAACUGCUUUUAGAGGGCCGAGGCAUCCUAGAUUUAUUAAUAAACUAAUCCCAUAUUCUGGCAGCAAUACUCCCUUCUCUUACCCGAAAUUAGGAGAUUAUAAUAUUAUUAAGAAGAAAAUUGAAGAUUUCGAAGAAAAACACCAAAAUGUCAAUAUUACUAUAAUGUCUCUUAGCAAGUACAUGUCAAUGACAGCUCUGAAAUACAAAUGGAGAUCUAUACCACUCCCCUAUUUACUUUUCUACGCGAGGGUCUUCUCAGUCUGGCAAAGUGGAGGGAUCGCCAUGGAUUUAACUACAUUUAAUAACAAUCAUUUGAGUCGCCAACAUGAAGAUCGUAGAAUUGCUGCCAUAUUGAAACAACAUAAUGAUGGUAUAAACGUUGAAGAAUAUAAAAAUGCAUUAAAUAAAAUCGAUCGUGAAGAAAACGAGUUUUGCACUGUAUUUUAUGCAUUAAUACACCAGCUUUUGAAUGAUACCCGGGCAUCUUUUACUAACUUUUUUGCUUAUCCUCAAAUAAUAGCUUCAGAAAAGACUGGAUCUCCAAAUGAGGCUAUGGUUCGUACAAAUAAGAAUAAACGGGAUGUUUUUGCUUCAGCAAAUGAUAAACGUAACGGAUCCGAUGGCGUUUCGAAUGUUUUUGUUGAAGUUAUGAAUCCACAAAAUAAUACCGAAUUAAAAAAGAGUGAAUAUAAAACUCUAACAAGCCCCGAACUAGAGGUAUUAAAAAUUAAUGAAUCUCUUAAGGCUUUACAAGUAAAUAAUACCCAUAAAGUGGAUGGCAUUGUGAAUAACACAGAUGGAUUUAAUAAAUCAGAAACACAACCAGACAUGUUGAAUAAGUCCGAUACAGCUCAGGUGGUUUUGUUUUAUGACUUUUCUGUGUUUUCUGAUAAUCUUGGUCCUCCGUUCAUUUUUCCCGACACAAGUUUUCCUGAUAAUAGAAAAACUAAAAGUGUAAAAUCCAAUGAAAACGACAGUGCACAACUUCUCACUAUUGAUGCUGAAGGCAAGUUUGUGGCGGCAUCUUCAACAUUGCACGGGUUUUUGGGACAUUUGAUUAUAGCUGGUUGUCAACGUAUGCCUCCUAAAUUCGCCAUUCAAAAUACUCUCUUUACGCAAUGUUCCGAUAUGUUUAAGAAAGACUCGUAUUGUGACAACAUCUAUAUUCUUUAG